AUGUCUCCUGUCAAUCCGUACGCUUCGGAACCUGCUGUUCCCGUUCUUGCGCAUUCUCUCCUGCCGCAGUCACCAUCUGCCCAUAGAGACAAAUCACAGACCUGGAACCUUCGAGACGACCUGGACGUGGGAUUCCAGAGUCCAAAUCGCACGUUCCGGAGUGGCAUCGUCAUUGGCAUUUCAACGCUUCGAAGUAAAGACAACAACAAUGACGACGACGAAUACGUGGGCCGGCUUCCUCGAUCUCUCCUAGCGGGGUAUUUGCACAAAUACCCCCCAUCAAGUCCAUUCCCUAGGGCAUUCAUUAUUCAUCCCGCCACAUAUGAUAACUUUUCUCCGAGAAAGCUACUUUCCUCACUACUUGCCCAGUCGCAUCUACCUCCCCUGGAUCGCGAAGAGGCAAUCUCCCGUCUGGACUCUGUCCAGCUCUUCCCCGUGUUUGACAUUGCUGCAGCUGCGCAGGCACUCUCGGAAGUAUCAGAUGCUCUACAUAGACAUCGAGAAGAACAGCGCCAAAAACCCCACCAUCAUCAAGAUCAGGAUCAGGAUCAUGAGCAUCCGACAAUAUCCUCAAAUAACCCUGAUACCCCGGCAUUACUCAUCGUUGUUGGCCUAGACGGUCUUGCCGAGGGAACCGUUCGUGCCUCCAAUACUGUCCGGGGUGCAGCAGUCUUGACCACUACAUUACAUUCCUUGACGCGACUAUCCCGAAUACACGACUCGUUCCUCUCCGUGAUGCUGGUUAAUACGAGUGGACUGGGUUCUUCCAGUUUAUAUACAAACCCUCCUAAUAAAUUUCAGCAUCGUCGCGUGCAAAGGGACGGUGGAGCUUAUUCUUCCGUUCGCGAGGAUGGUAUUCAUUCGGUUUUUUGUGGGUCGGAGUCUUCGCUGCCCCUGAGCUUGUUAAUGCGGACGCUAGAUCAGGGUAUUGACAUGCAUCUUCUCCUCUCGACGGUGAAAACAUCCACCGUGGUUGAAGUCAUCAAGGACAGGGUGGGCGAUGGCGUGGGGAGAUGGUGUAUAUGGGAUAGAUAG